AUGGCAAAAACAGUAUGCAUUAUUGGCGCGGGUCCAGGCGGGAUAGCAGCUGCCAGGGCAUUUAUGUAUUCCAAGGGAGCUUUCAAAGUUACAGUCUUUGAGCAACUGUCGAGAAUUGGGGGCCUUUGGCCCAGCAAUUCCACUGACAAAGGCUUAAUCAAUCCGUCCAUGUCAACAAAUCUGAGCAAGUAUACCGUCUGCUUCAGUGACAAAACAUGGCCGGAGAAUGAACCCUCUCACCCAAGCCCUCUGUUUCCCAAGGCCAGCGAUGUAGGGCAAUACCUUCAACAAUAUGUUGACAAGUACUUGAACAAUCCAUCGGUUGAUAUCAAGACAAGCUGCCGCGUUGAAGAGGCUAGUAUGGUGGAGGAUGAUGCCUCUACACCAAUAAAAUGGAGGAUACGGGUGCAAAAGCUGCGCACUGAUGUUAAGGGACCAAGCUCCCUAGAACCCGAAGACACUUCAGCCAUCUUAAGUGUCAAUGUUGGUGAGACCGAAGAGCACCUUUUUGACCAUGUCAUAAUAUCUUCGGGCUUCUUUGGCAAGCCAAUAAUCCCCGAAGCUUUUACCCAAAGAGAGGGUGUGCCUAUUCCGAUAAUUCACAGUUCGGAGUUUUCAGACCUCAAGGAAUUGUUGAAAGAUAAUAAAGGGGGCCCCGGGAAGAUUCUGGUUGUGGGCGGGUCAAUGUCUGGCGCUGAAACAUCAGCGACAAUUGCUGCUCAGAUUUCAUCUGAGAUUCAUUCUCCUGAGAAAUCAGACAUCGAGUCUAUAGAGCAGUACACUCUUCAUCAUGUAACGAGCAAGCCAUUUUGGACAGUGCCGUUAUUUUUGCCUCUGAAGACGCAGGUUGAUAAUGAGAAGAAUGAUAGCAAGGUUAUGAAUCCGGCGCCAGAGUUUUUACCCCUCGAUAUGGUUAUGUUUAACUUGAGCAAUCGGUCUCCCGAAGAACGCCUGAAAAGUAGAUCUGGGAUCGUAAGCCCAGAGGCAGCGCAGAAGUCACAUGCUGCCUUCAAACUAUUUAACGGUGGUGAAGCAACUGCCUUUGCCUCCUUACCCACGGAUAAGGAGACAGAUGCUCCUUGGCUAGGAAUCAGCGAUACUUACUCUUCGUUCGCUCAGUCCGGCGCGAUCAAAACAACACGGGGGCGAGUGAAAUCCCUUGCCGACGACAAUACAUCUGUCAUUGUUGAAACACCCUCGUCAACUGAGACAUUCGAUAACAUCUCUGCGAUUAUCUUUGCCACAGGCUUCGACAGCGCAUCCUCUCUAUCCUUCCUUCCUAAAUCCAUUCUUUCCACUCUUGGAUAUGACCCUUCGACUCCAGACUUACCGCUCGCCCUGUCACUACACAGCACAAUACACCCCUCCGUACCUUCUCUAGGCUUUGUUGGCUUUUACCGAGGCCCAUACUGGGGCGUUGCAGAGCAGCAAGCAUCUCUUCUGCGCACCCUCUGGCAACCUGACUCCCGGCCGCCUCCGGCUCUGAGUUCGGCUCUCAAAGAUGCAGGCUCUAUCAUUCCUGCACUGCGACGCUGUUACAAAGAGACCCCGGAAAGACUUACGCAGUUUCCAAUGGGUGAUUAUACUCACAUUAUGGAGUCUCUCCGAGAAAUGCAGGGCCAUGGGCCGGUUGAAGCUGCCGAUAGCUACUGUACACCUGUCUCACCGGCGCUAUAUGCAACCAGCUUGCAGGGCUUAGGCGAGGGUGAAGAAGCUACAGAAUCCAAAGAAGCCUUACGACUCAUACAACAAGAGAUUGACGGAAGCCGAGGUGGAAAAUUCGUGGCCAGGGCAAUCUUCCGCUCCCUACAGGGAAACUGGGUUCUUAACCGCACCAUCAAAAGUAAUAUUUCGACAUACCCUUCUGGCUCUUUAGUUGGAACCGCGAGAUUCUAUCCCAGGCGCCCUACAGCCGAGGGUUUCGCAGCAGAGUUCCUGUAUGUCGAGGACGGAGACUUCAAGACAGAUACUGGGCUGCAGUUUAGAGCGACGAGGAGGUAUGUCUACAGGUACGCGGAGGCUGAGGACAAGUUAAGUGUGUGGUUUGUGAAAACGGACAACAAGACGGUCGACUAUUUGUUCCAUGAGCUGCAGAUGAUAUGUCCUCAUCCCACGGGUGGUGAACAGGGGCAAAAUCCCAAGGAAUUGGUACCGGCAAGGGACAGGAGAUGGAAGGCAACAUCCCAUCACCUUUGCAUUGACGAUACCUAUGACCCAGAGUAUGAAUUUGCCUUCCAAGGAGUUGAGGUAGCUAAAUGGAGCGUGGGGUAUCACGUGAGAGGACCGCAUAAAGACUAUUGGAUUGGGAGCGUUUUCACGCGGUAA